UUGUUGUCAGCUAAAGUUCACUUUAAGAUAGACUGUAUAUAUUAAUAUUAAUGUGAUACAAAAUAAAAUAAUUUCUAAAUUUAUGUUGCAUAUUAAUAUGCAGUAGAAUUAUGUUUACAGUAAACUUGUUCUACUCCAAGAGUAAGUUAAUUUUGUAUGAGAUAAGAAGCUUCAUGAGUUUACCGACCAUUAACGUUUUUAAUGCUCGCACAAUUGAGAGAAAUCUAGAGUCAUAGAAAAAAAUUUAUUCCCUCUACUUCAUUUAUUUAAGUUAUCAAAACGUAUAUAAUUAGAGAUAAUCAUUAUUUUGAUAAUUAAAAUAAUUAAUUUGUCAAUUAAUUAAAAAUUUAUGCUUUAUAAUUUUUGACUUAUUUCAUUCCAGAAUUUUAUCGCAUGCAAUAAAUCAAAUGUUAAAUUAUUUUUUUUGCAUUUAAGUCUCAUAUAUUUCCAAUUUUCCUAAAACAUCUAGCCAAUGAGAUAGGGAUAUUUUGCAAAUUUUUUUUUUAAGAAGUAAUUACUUGAAGUAAAUUAACGAUAAUUGCAUGUUAUAUUAAAUGAAGAUGGAAUAAAAAAAGUUGGAAGAAUGAUUUCAGAGUGUUAAAUGAUUGGUUGUACUAAUGUCUACAGUAACUAUUAAGUUGUCACAAUGAGUGCGGUGCAAACGGAACGCAACAACGAGAUUGGACCAAAGGUCACAAACCUACAAACGAACAUUUUAAUUUAUCUUUUAUUGUCGCAAUUUCUCGUACAAAUUGGUACAUUCAUCUAUCUGUGUACAUACGUGUCAAGAUUGGAAAAAGAAUUUGACGAGCUGAUUUCCGUGGUAGCUACAGCGCAAGAUGCAGAAAAUACCAUCAAAUUUAUGCGAAAAAAACGUAGUAAUACACAUGCAGAAGAUAAUAUCGUCUCUGAAGAAUUUCGGAUAAAAGAUGAAAAAAGUGGAAUGAAGGAGAUGAAAAGGGCUACUAUGUCUCCAGAUGGAACAUUUGAUGAUCCAAUACCAAUCCAAAAUAACGACAGAUGGGUGUGGUUGACAGCUGACACUCGCGUGCCGUUUGAGGCAAUGGACACACUUUGCAGGAAAUCUGCUGAAUAUUGCCCACCUGGAUUACCUGGAGUCCAAGGGCCUCCAGGGAAUCCUGGAGACCGAGGAUUGCCAGGAGUUCGAGGUCCAGUAGGUCCUCCAGGACCCCCUGGAGAGCGAGGUCUUCGUGGUGAACCAGGACGACCUGGAAGAGAAGGACGUGAUGGUGUUCCAGGUGAGCCAGGAUUAGAUGGAGAUCCUGGAAGAAAUGGUAUGGAUGGAUUGCAAGGACCACCUGGUAAGCCAGGUCGAGAUGGUCAUCCUGGAAUUCCUGGCAGAAAUGGUACUGAUGGACAAAGAGGCUUAAAAGGUGACAAAGGAUCUCCUGGACAGAAAGGAGCAGCUGGUUUACCUGGUGUGCCCGGUAGUCCAGGAAUGCCAGGGAAUUCUACAGUAAUUGCUUGGAAAGUACCUAGGAAUGGUGAACUAUUAAUACCUCCAUCAAUCAUAAAUACAGGUCUGCCGAAUCAAGUUGUUUCUACAUUCGAAGGGUCUAAUCUGCGCUUGAACUGUGGUGCUAGUGGUCAUCCACAACCCGUUAUCCAGUGGUCAAAAAUUACUGGGAUGGCUAUACCAAUGGGAUCAUGGCAUGUUUCAUCUGUAAUUGGAUCAACCUUCAAUGUAGCUGUAGUUAGUCGAGAGCAUAUGGGAGAAUAUAUGUGCAUAGCUGACAAUGGAAUACCACCAAGAGCGACAUACAGAUUUAGGCUUGAUGUUCAUUUCUCCCCAUUUAUCAGGGUUUGCCAACAAAUUGUUCGAGUUCAAUUGCUUGGUCUAGCUACUCUAGAAUGUGAAGUUGAAGCUUAUCCUGUAUCAUCAAUAUGGUGGGAAAAAGGCAAUGUACCACUGAUGAAUCCACGUCCUAAAUAUCGAAUAGGAACAUAUUCUAAGAGCAAUAAUUAUAUGUUCAAAAUGCAAUUAAAUAUUACAAACGUAACAUCUUCAGAUUAUGGUUUAUAUCAUUGUGCUGUCAAAAAUAACUUGGGUCUUACUAAAGGGGCGAUAAGUGUUCAUAGUCCAGGUGGUAAAAAUAUGGUAAUAAACAAUACUGAAGUAGUGUAUGGUAAACCAGCUCCUCCUAGAGUUGAUCUUGAUGAUCUCUGUCCUGCUAAACCUUGCAAUACUUGUCCUGAACUUCAAUGUGGAUUCUCUGAUUUUGGAGGGUGCUUUGAAAUCAAAGAACUCAAGAGUACUGCUAAUUAUACUGGAUUACCUCCACGGCAAUGUGCGGGAAUACUCGGAGCAAUAGGUAAACCAGUAUUCAAAGGUAAUACUGAGUCCACUCAUGGCUAUUGGAUGUCUGAUACUUUGCCAAGAAGUGAUACUAGUCCUGAAAAAUUAUGGGCAAUGCGGACAGAUAAUACAUCACAUAUCUUUGAAUAUAUUCGAUUGAGUGAUAAUAAAAUAAGUCAAUCACGAGUCAUUAAACUUCCAUAUGAUUUUAAGGGCACUGGAUACAUCAUCUACAACGGAUCUUUAUUUUAUAAUCCCAAGAAUCGACCAUCAAUAUACCGAUUUGAUUUAUCAUCAAACGUGGAUAACAGAAUGGAACUUAUAUUGCCAGGUUUAUCAUCACCGGGAAGUAGUUUUCUUUAUUCAUCUGAUCAUGAUUCGAGCUAUGUAGAUUUUGAUGUUGAUGAAAAUGGUUUAUGGGUUAUUUAUGGGUUGCCUUCGAAUUUUACGGCAUUAUUAAAAAUUGAUACUCUAAGUAUGCAAGUUCAGCAAGGAUGGAAUAUAAGUAUUGACCAUCACAUGUUUGGUGAAAUGUUCAUUGCAUGUGGGGUGCUCUAUGCCAUUCACAAUGUUACUGACACUGAUCUAAAUAUUCGGUUGGCGUUGGAUCUAUACCGACAUGCAAUCCUCGACGCAUCUUUAUCGUUCACUAAUCCAUAUCGUAAAAUAACCAUGAUUCGGUACAAUUCUAGGACGAAGGAAUUGCAUACGUGGGAUAAUGGAAAUUUAUUAGCAUAUCCGGUAAAGUAUCGAGAUGGUGGUGACAGUGUUAGUGGAAUCGUCUAGUUAAAAAAUAAUCAUGACUAUCAAUUUACUAAAACUAAAGUUUGUAAAGAAAUUAUUACAAAGAUUUUUUUAACGUUAUACUUAAACAAAAAAUAACGGAAAUAAUGACUACACUUUUGAGAUGGUUCUUACUCAAGUAUUAUUUAAUUAUUAAUUAGAUAGUUAUUUUUUAUAAGGAAGAAAGUAGCAUUUUCUGUUAUUUUCAAAAGUUUAUAAAAUUUUUUUAUCAAUUAUUGAUUAAUGGAAUUUCUUUGUUUGAUUAUUAAAAAUGUAUGCCAGAUAUCACACCAAGUAUUGGAUCCAUGGUUCGGCUAAAAGAAAUUAACUCAAUAAAAUGAAUAAUACUAAAUUAAUUAAUAAGUACACAGUGGUUAAGUAGACAAGCGAAUAACUGAUUCAUUUGAAUGGCAAUUAUGAAUACAAGAUUGAAAUAGACUUAUGUGAUAAUAUCAUCUGGAAACUAUAAUAAUUUAAUUUAAAAUAAGAUCAAAACAAAGACCAAAAUGCCCAAAAGCCAAAUGGUCGAUCUAAUUGUUUAUAAUGGUUUUUAACUAUCAAUAUGAAAUUAGACAGAAAAAUACAAGAGGGAUUUUCGAAUAACAAUAUUGUCUUUAAAAAAGUACAAUUUAUUCUUAGCUAUGCCAUGAAUCCAAUAGUUAGGGUUUUAAUGGGGUAAUACAAUUGUCACUCAUAAUAUUCAUAUUUUAUUUUCGGUUAUUAUCUCAAGAGCAGUAUCAAAGUAAUGAAAUAUUCAAUAAUUAUUUAUAAAUGAACAGGAAUGAAUAUUUCAUUUUAUCGAAUGAUUUGUUUCUGUUAAUAAUAGUAAAGGGUCCAAUAUUUAUAACUAUAUAUUGAAAAAUCAUUUGAUUAAUAUUUUAUAUUUUUUUAUAAUAAACUUAGCAUAGUCGUGAUUAUCUUUAUACAAACUUAGAGUAUGUUCAUUUGAAAACAUUUAUAUAAUAAAAUAAAUUCAAGACAAAAU